CAGGAAAAAAAGGUUUGUUUAAGCAAUAACAAAAAAAUGACAGCUUUUGGGUAAAAAUUGCAUUUAUGUCGGGGUUUGUCAUUUUCAAUGGGGAAGACCAUCUAUUUAAUCAUGCUAUUUAUUUUUUUACAAUAGGUUGAAAUACAUGUCAAUGAUGAAAAAGUUCCCUAUCUGAUGAAAGUGGGUGAAGCUGGCGAAGCAUUUUUUGUCUUUGAAACAGAUCAUCAAGUACCAGAAGAAUUUCAAACUUCCCCAUUAUUACAAGCUUCACCGGAUAAUAGAUCCGAUAUUGAGGAACCUCCAUUUCUCGAUAUUAGCGAGAGAAAAGAUUCAAAAGAUGUCAUACCGCCAAAUGAUAAUUUUGAAGAUGACGAGGAGGAGGAUGACAAAGUAAAAGAUCAUACACCACCUGAACUACAAUCACCGAAAAUGAUUAUUGAUGAACACAUGGAUAAGGUGGUAACUAAAGUAUACAAAGAAGAAGAAACCAAGGAUACAAAAAACACAAUUUACACCAUGGAUGAUGGCUCCACAAUGCUUGAACGUGAAGUGCCUGAACCCAUUACAACCACAACCAUCGCAAAAGAAAGAUUUAUUGUGAGACCUUUAAACGGUGAUAUUGCGAGUCAGUGGAUGGAUGUCACACACACAUUUGCACAGGAUCCCAAUUUCGAUUUAUCAGCACAGGAAUCAUCUCCCACCGUCACCAGCGCCACCACCAUCAACAAACCUACAGAGGCCAUACACGGAGAAACAGAAUCCAUCGUUUUAGAUAUGUCGGGUUACAAGACAGGAAAAAAGGAAAGAGAAGCUUUAGAGGAAGAGAAAGUUCACGCUGAUACAGAAAAUUUACCCGAGGAUAUACAAAAAAAGUCCACUUGGGGUUGGGGCAAAACACAUGCUGAUGAACAAGUCGUACCAACAACACAUGAUGAUAAAACUGUUCAAUUAAUAUCAGGUCAAUCAUAUCGUAUCGAAAUGAGUUUAUGUGGAUUCACGGCAUUUGGAUACGACGAGGAUGAAAACAAUUUGUUGUUCAAGGACAAGCAAUUGAGCUACCAAGACUUUGUAUAUAAUCCUAGUAUCUUGAAUGAUCCAAGAUUGGUAUUUCGUUACGACAACCAUUAUUUUGCUGCAGUUCAUACCAAUUCAUUAUUUACAUCUUUACUUGUGUUUAAACAACCUUUGGAAGACGAUAAGACCAUAUCAAACAAAGUGUCCGAUAACAGAGAGACCUACUCUUAUGGACGUGGGUGGAGGCAAUGGUUAAGUCGAUCUUCAUCGGCAGAUCCUAUACCUUCAGUUGAAGACUCAUCAGAACCAACCUUACAUGAAAAAGAUUCAGAAGGAGAACGAACCACCUUCACAACUACAACAAAGGCUACAUCUGUGGGCUGGUCUCCUGAUGGUCCUGAAAAUGAUAUUUUUGUAAAGCGUAAAAUGUAUGCAAAGACGCUUCGAUUGACAUCAGAUCAAUUAAAGAAUUUAAACUUAAAAAAAGGCGUAAAUACAAUUAGUUUUUCGGUCAAUUCUGCAUAUCAAGGCACCGCAACCUGUGUGGCCAAAGUUUUCUUCUGGGACUAUGACAUUCAGGUGGUAAUUUCAGAUAUUGACGGAACAAUUACAAAAUCAGAUGCUAUGGGCCAUUUAAUGACAAUGAUUGGUAAAGACUGGACACAUGCAGGCGUUGCUCAACUUUACACGGAUAUUGCUAACAACGGAUAUCAAUUUUUGUACUUAACAAGUCGUGCUAUUGGACAAGCAGACUAUACACGAGAUUAUCUCAAAAAGAUUCUACAAGGUCAUUAUCAAUUACCUGAUGGACCUGUCAUCAUGUCUCCCGAUCGUCUUUUCACUUCAUUGCAUCGAGAAGUUAUCAUUCGAAAGCCAGAAAUGUUUAAAAUGGCCUGUCUAAAAGAUAUCCAACGAUUAUUUGGUGGGAGGGAUCCUUUUUAUGCCGGGUUUGGCAACCGAAUCACCGACGCCAUAUCUUAUCGUAGUGUCAAUGUGCCUUCUUCGCGUAUUUUUACCAUUGACCCACAAGGAAAUGUCAAACUGGAAUUAGUAACAGGCUUCAGAUCUUCCUAUGUUUAUUUAAAUGAUCUAGUUGAUCAAAUUUUCCCUCCCAUCAACAAAACCAUCAAUGAAGAAUUCAACGAUUAUAAUUAUUGGAAGGCACCCAUAGCCAAUAUUGAGAUACCCGAAUUGGAAGACGAAAGCCCUAUACCUACCUCUCCGAAACCCAAACCAAUCAAGCCAGAUCCAUCCAGUCUUCCUAGGGAAUCCGUGGUGGGUUAUACACCACCUAGACGAGGCUUACUUAGUAGUUUUACUUCAAGACGAUCCUCCAAUGCUUCAUAUGCACGUCCCUCAAGGUCAUCUUCUGUCUCUUCGGUCACAUCUGCCUCAUCCACAAAGAAACCCACAGCUGUCAUUUUACCGCUAAAGAAGGUUCUUUCAUCUACAAGUCUUAACUCUCCUAUAUUGGAUAGCACUGCUGAAGAAGAUGAGACAAAUAGUGACGUUGCAUCCGUAAGAUCUUUACCUGCCUCUUUACCCACACAUCAUCCAACCGAAGAAGCAUUAAAUCUACCACCACCUUCAACGCAAAAACUUUCGUCUCCUAGCAUUAUGAGAAAAGUCAUAGGAGGUGUGUUUUCAAGGAGAUCUCAAGCUAAGCCGGAUGAAAAAUCAAGCCCAGAACAGGAGGAAGAAGAAGAUGAUUUAUUUAAUCCAGAUAUUGAUGAUUUAGACCUUGAUAAAAUCCCCUUUAUUUAAGUAAUCUUAUUAGCCCGUAAUGUAUUUAAUAUAGUAUGUUUUUAAUAAUAAUCAGUUGUUCGAAUGAC